GUUUCUAUUCCACAUCGUUCUGUACCGCGUAGCCGGACGGAUGAAUCGGGAGUAGUAUAGUCUCUUUGUUCGAAAAGCGUUUACGUUUUGUGACAUAGGAAACUUUGGAAAUCUAGGAUGAACGAUCCGAAAAAUGAGAUGCACUACACGCCACCGACUUCGAAACAGACGAAACCUUUUCCGAUUCGAGGAGAACGAGCAAAUUUCGUAAACAAGCCUCAUGUAAUCGCGAUGGUGGGUUUGCCAGCUCGAGGCAAGACCUAUAUUUCGAAGAAGCUCUGCAGGUAUCUCAAUUGGAUCGGAAUAAACACGAAGGUCUUCAAUCUCGGCGAGUAUAGAAGGCAUGCGACGACUGCCUAUCAAUGCCACGAAUUUUUCCGUGCGGAUAACAUAAAAGCUAUGGCGAUAAGAACACAAUGUGCCAUGGAUGCGUUGAACGACGUUUGUCGUUGGCUCGAGAGUGGCGACGGAGAAGUUGCCGUUUUCGAUGCUACCAAUUCUACCGUGGAUCGACGUAAAAUGAUACACGAUAUUGUUGUAGGAAAGAUGGAUUACAAGCUCUUCUUCGUCGAAUCUGUUUGUAACGAUCCUGAGAUAGUCGAGCAAAAUAUUAUGGAGGUCAAAGUCAGCAGUCCAGAUUAUGCGAAUAUGAACAAGGAAGAAGUAUUGGCCGAUUUUAUGUUGCGGAUCGAACAUUAUAGGGAAAAAUAUGAGCCACUGGAUGAGGAUUAUGAGACUGAUCUGUCCUUUAUGAAAAUCUAUAACACCGGCGAAAAAGUUAUAGUGCACAAACACGAGGGACACAUACAGAGCAGGAUCGUCUACUAUUUGAUGAACAUUCACAUUGUACCUCGUACGAUAUAUCUAACCAGGCAUGGCGAGAGUAUGAUGAAUCUGGAAGGUAGAAUAGGAGGUGACUCGGAUCUUAGUGAAAGAGGUUGGGAGUACGCCAGGGCAUUAGCUACCUUCAUUACCAGUCAGGAUAUUCAGGGUCUAAGAGUAUGGACAAGCUGGUUAAAAAGGACCAUACAGACGGCAGGGGACGUGGAAGCACCUCAGGAAAGAUGGAAGGCCCUCAAUGAGAUCGAUGCCGGAAUUUGCGAAGAGAUGACCUAUGCAGAGAUCGCCGAGAAGUAUCCUACGGAUUUUGCUGCAAGGGACCAAAAUAAAUUCCCCUAUCGUUAUCCACGAGGUGAGAGCUAUGAGGAUUUGGUAGCACGGUUGGAACCCGUGAUAAUGGAAUUGGAAAGGCAAGGCAAUGUUUUGGUCGUCAGUCAUCAAGCGGUAUUACGUUGUCUUCUCGCUUAUUUCUUGGAUAAGAGUUCAGAGGAACUACCGUACCUCCAGGUACCAUUGCAUACCAUCAUUAAAUUGACACCCGUUGCAUAUGGUUGUAAAGUGGAACACAUACGACUACCAAUCGAUGCGGUGGAUACUCAUCGACCAAAACCAAAGAGUGCCUGCCUGCCUGUUGUUUAGCGGUAACGAUACAGAACGGUUUAUCAGUUUCCGAUCGGAAACCCUACGCUGGAGAUCGUCCACGUUUCCCCCGAACCCCCUUUAUCUCUCAUUUUUUGUUUUUUUCGAUCUAAGCCUGAUACCCUCUGAUAUUCGAAUGGCUUUUUUAAGAACUAAACUCUCUUUCGUCGCAUGCAUUUUAUUCAAUUAAAAUGGCGUACUUUUUAGGGCUUAAGCAUUUUAUUGUGAUCGUACAUACUUUACGAUUGUACUGUACACUAAUGUAAAAUAUAUCCAAAGAUAAUGAUUAUUUUAUCAAAUAAGUAGUAUGUAAUGACCCUAUUGAACACCCCCCCACCACUACCAUACCCCCUCACCAAGCUCCAACAGACUUUAUCCGCCCAAAUACUGCCCCCCCCCCCCCAUGAUAUGUAUCAUUACAAACGUACGUCGUAUUAUUCGGUGCAGUUUCAUACUUUCUCUUUUAUAAUCUCGUUAUCUAUCGCCAGCUACUAUAUUAUCAUAACACUCACUCUUCGACCAUCGAGUAUCAUUUUUAGAAAGAGAGUGUAGCAAGAACGUAGAAAGUUUCUUAGAAUGUCUAUCUAAAUCGAUGUCACGAUAAUAACGUUUCUACAUUAGAUAAAUGGCAGAUAGAGCGCUUUGCUUCGAAUAUGAAUGGCUAAGAAAAGCUUUUGACAUAACGAAAUGGAGCCUCUUCCAAUGCGAGAUGAUAUUGUAUCGCCGAUGUAAUACAAAAAGAUUCUUUUUCAUUUUUCUUCAAAUAUGCACGAUGCAUGUCGCUCCAUACUUUUUACUUACGACGAUGUCAAUGAUGCCGAGGGAAACAUUUUUUCCAUUUAUUAUUAGAAAAUAUUAUAAACGAUCAUUGAAUGAUCUUAUUAUCUACGAUUCACUCGCUAGCUAUUACAGCUAAUUUAGAUAAAAACAAAGAUUAGAUUUACGACGAUAGUGUUGAUAAUAAUAAAGUGAUAACGUGAUUUUUUUCUUACGUUCAUAUAUUGGAGCCAUA